GAUCCCCCAAUCUUCUACCGGCGGCCAACCGUGGGGUCCCCCCUACGCGCGCUCAAUGGAGUUCCCGGACAGGUCAAUAUGGUGCAGUUCCCUGCCCAAUAUGACCCUCAGCCGGAAAUGUCGCAAGCGCCCUUGCCGCCGCCUACCCGACCCCCGGUCGUCGACCUGACGCCCGGCUACGAGUCGCAAGACCGAGAACCCCCGCCGAAACGACCCAGGUUGGAUGUUCCCGGUGGAUCGGGGGCGGGGGAGACUGCUCCAGCGAUGGGAGCCGAGACGAGGAAUACCCCCGGAAGUGCCAGUUCGCGACCGUCGCUCUCGUGGCGCGCCCGGCCGCUGUGGUCCUUCCAAGCGGUGCAGUCGGAAAUCCCGGGUAGUGAGAACCGAGGGGAGGGCGUUGGAGGAGCAAAAUCUCCAUCGCCGCCUCCAUUGCCUUCGCAGCCUUGGAAAAAUGCCCCGGACCGCGCGGGAAGUGGUGAUUCAAGAUCCAGGGAAAGUUCGCCGAGCAAGGAUGUGCAGACAACCCCGUACCGCAUCGAAGUGCCCUCGAUUGCUCCGGUUCUCAAGGGUGACAAAGUCGCUGAUUUCACACCGUGGACUGGGAACCACCCGGAAGAUGUCCUAACCGAGCAGACCGCGAAACAGGGUUACUAUGAUCGCGUCCAGGUGUCACAUAAUGAAUCCAACACAGCGCGCCCAGCAUUAUAUACGCAGUUGAAGCAUCGUACCGGGCUUCAAAUCCUCUCGUCGGUCUUCGCGGCCGCCCUGGAGAAACGACAGGCCCACAACACUGUCCAUGCGCCAUCGACCUUCAAACCACCACCCCGAGUUACUCUGACCGACAACAAGAGAGAAGCCUGGCUCCGGGAUCUUGCCAACCCGUCGGUACCACUGCGCAAGCUAAGCCGGACCAUUCCUCAUGGUAUCCGAGGCAAAGUCCUUCUGGAACAAUGUUUAGGCAAAUGGAUCCCAGUUGCACGGGCUGUCUGGCUUGCCAAAUGCGUGGGUGCCAAUGAAAUUCGCGCGUUCAAGCGGAAAGGCACCAGCGGAGCUCUGGCUGUGGGGCUAGAGGUGAAAUGGGUGAGAGAGUGGACGACUAAUGUGCAACAAUUUGUCGAGGGGGUAUUUGGGGCGGCUAGAGUCUCGGAUUGGAAAGCCAAGAUGAGUUAUGCGUAUGUGAACAGGACCUAUAUCUUGUGUGUACCAUGUGCUAACCUCAAUCUCAGCGUCGGUUUGACUGCCCGUCUUUUUUUCGAGAAUCUGCUUGAUCACGACCAUUUCCUAGAGUGGUUCCUGACGUCUUUCGAAGCUGCAUCUCUUGCUACCAUCCCUGUUUGGCUUCUGAUGCUUGGGAUAUACUGGGACAAUAUCAUGCGCUAUCGACGAAGAGGCCGGCGAUUGGCCGAAUUGUUGCUUGAGAAGCUGCGCCAGGCAACCGAACCUAAGCUAGAACCUCUUCAACCGCUCAUCGAUCGACUCUCUCGCUUUGUUCGAAGGCUGGUUCACGAACAUACUUCUUCAGUGAUACUGCCGAAUUCCUGGGACACGUACAAGCACCAGGUGUUAUCAUGUCUCAACCUCAAACAUCAGGUGGACAGAGCUCUGUUUCAAAGCCUUGCGGAACGUAAUGCUCGAGUCCAGCGACCUCGGCACUCCAGACAAACAGCUCAUCGCUCGCCCCAUCAGCGUAUCAUUCGCUUGCUUGAUUCUAUCCGCUCCUCACACGAUAUCCCCUCAAUCUCCUCUGCCUGUCUAGAAACUGUUGAUGACAAAACUGUCUUGGUCUCGAAAUUGUUGGAAUGGCUUGCCACUCCCUUCCGCCAUGGGCUAUGUCGGGUUUAUAUCGGCGUCCGCCUAUUGCGGAAGUGGAAAUCGAUCGGGAUCGACGUAGAUGGCUGUAUCAUCACCUUCCUUUCCAAAGCAAGAGAAGAUCAACGAUUGAACAUUGGCCACGUUUAUCAUGCCGUCUCGGAGCUUGUCAGGUCACAGACAUUCUCGGUUGGCCGGUAUCUGCAAUGGCUGAUGGCGAAGGGCGUUACAAGUGGAUCCCCAAGGGAGGAGUGCAGGGCUCAGGACUUACCCAGUGAUGUCGGUCUUAUCGCACAGCUUUCCGUGCGCCGACUUCCGGAACAUGUUGGGAAUUUACGCAGCACUCUCUUGGCGCGCACCGGGCUCAGUUCCUCAGAAGAGGCGGAAACCAUCGAGAGUGUGAAGGAUCGCAUUUGUGAGCGUCUUCCAGGGAUUUUUGAUAUCAAUCCGCUCACCAAAUCACCAUCUGGUCUCUUGCCAACGAACCUGGGCUGGGCCGUCAAGGGGGAAAUUGGCCAGUGGUUACGACUUGGAGUUGCUGAGCAUAACCGCGAUGCCACAGUCAGCUCAACACUCCGGCCAGCCAUUUCUAGCGAUACUGUUCCGGUGGUGUCUGCGCUUACCCCCAACGAGUUCUACAAUGUUCGCGAUAUUCUGGAGACCUUUGGGGAUAUCUCUAUGCUGGCAGAUGUCUUGAGGUGUGCUUCAAGCUCCGACGACACCAUUGUUCUGGCGUCGGUUGCAGAUACUAUCAACUGCCAUUUUGACUCUCUUUGCGUGAUUGGUGCCACAACAGAUCUGUUCCGCAAACUGAUCGAAGCUUACGCCGGUAUCAAAAGGACCAGCGCCCCGAGUCUUGAUUUGGUGUUUUCCCUGAUCGAACUCGGGCUGCAGAUACCUAGUGAACUCAACACUGUUGCCAUCCUUCGCCAGGACCUGUCGCGCAUGGAGAACAAGUCAGCCUUGGCUGCCUCUUCCCCCGUCUCCGAUCAUGUCCCCGACAGCCUCAGCGACACAAACCCCUUAUUCCGGGAAAGACUCGAUCAGCUUCUCAUUUCGGGGAAUGUUAUGGAUGAGCCUACCUUGGAUGCGAUUUUCCAUGCUCUUACGAAGUACCUAGAGUCAAUCGAAGGCGAUGCGAAGUUGUCGGCCAAUGAUACUUGUCGCUACCUUGCACAACUACGGUCUUUCCAUCCGAAGCACUUCGAUGGCAUCUUGGCCCGUUGGGUCUGCGGCCAUGUACGAUCCCCUGAUCGGGCCACGUUACUCCGCAUACUGCCGCCGCUUAUUGGAGUUGGAUGUGUUACCAUCCGGGCAUUCUUGUCUCUUGUCAAGAGGCUUAGCCAUUCGGCGACGGCAACGAUCCCCAAUGCAGCAGGUUUACCCGCAGAACUCGUCGAGCUUCUCGUGUCUCGUACAGAAGGUGGCAGGUACUAUGAUUUGGUCUCUUAUCGGUUCCAGCUAGCACAACAGAAGUUCCUGGCUAAGAGCUCGGAUGAAGCUCUCGGGAUGAUUUGUGACGCUGUGAAAUCCUUCAAUGCUAGUGAUGUGAAUGCUCUGGCCAGACAAGAUGACCUGGAGGGCUCCAUGGUUCUGCUAUUACGCCAGUUGCUGGUGCGGAACCCUGAUCGUGCAACCCAGGAUUGCAUGCAGAAGCUUGUCAAUCAAUACUCGGCGGCCAUGGGUAUUUUGCAAAAGGCGCUUGAUUCUCUUCUGGGGGUCGAUUUACAGCCCGGUCACAACUCGGUCAUCGCGGAGGUUGAAAAGCUCACGAGUAUGACUGAUGACUUUUCGCUUCCUUUCUGCCAGUUGAAGCUUCAGGCUCUUUUCCAUGACGACUCUGGAAACGAGAACCGGACGAGUAUUGUGGACGCAAUGUUCAAAACCGCCGUGGAGGACUGCCGAAUGCACAGACUUCAUUGGGUCGAUCUUGUUGCGUUGAUGAGCCAGGACGCUAUACGGCAGAUUCGUGAACGCGCCGAAAAGGAGUUCUUCUCCGUCCCGCUGUUAGAAGAACCCAUGAACGAUAUUGUCGCCGCACCGGACAGCCUGGGAUCUUUGGAGACAGCCAAGCUGUACCUCACCAUAAUCGAAGAGCUGUCCAGCAGCAUCCCCGACUCCGGCACUCCGUCCGUCGCUUCGGUUCUCGUGGAGAAGAUGGACUCUGUUCUUCACAAGGUCAUCACCAUGCAAAGCAGCUUGGAUUCCGCCGAGACCCGCUCCAAGUUCGAGCGUGCCCUUGCCUUUUGGUUCUCGGCUCUGCUGCGGAUGGUAGUUAUCCAUCGGUCUGCCUUCAUCCAGCCUCCGCCGAUCCUAAAGACAAUUCCUUCCCACGAGCAGUCCCGGCUUUUGAUCUCGAUCUUUUGCAUCGCACUCUCACGGCUUCCAGGAGAUGUGCUACGUCUCUUCCCCACCGCCGAUUAUUUCCCUCGCCCAGCUCCUCUGGAUGAGUAUCGACCAUGCCCAGGAAUCCUGCUGCAGACCCACGCUCUGGAUGUGGCAGCCUCGCUGAUUGAUAUCUUCCCCGACGAAGUCCGUCUUCAAUGUGCCCGGUUCCUGAGGGAAAAGUGCCCACCGUUUGCUGCCUUCCAGAAUGAUGCUCGAUUUCUCUAUCUCCUGGGACCAGCUGCGGAUUCUGGGUCUUCUUACGCCCCUCAACCUGCUUCGGCUCCAUCCCCGGCAGCCUCUGCCUCUACGCCAACUCCGACCUCUGCGAACUAUACUGCAACAGCGUCCGUGGCACAGCAGCCUGCCGCAUCGUCGGGACUACCGACAGGGCUACCUGAAAGUUCCAACUGCAUGGCAAGUCGACUUCGGCUCCAGAACCGCGGCCGAAAUCUUGGGCCGUACUCGAUUCGCCCCUGGGAACUUCUCGAAGACGCGGCACCAUUUGUCGGUGUCAACGAUACCGCCGUCAACCUGGGAUACUUUGACGCCAGGCGGGUCAGGUCUUGA